AUGGAAGAUACAAACAAUAGAGAUAAGAAAAAGAUGAAAGAUAAAGAAGAAGAAAGAGGAAUAGCAGCAGAGGAAAAGAAUGCAUUACAAAAGAUAUUAAAUCAAGUUUAUAUUAGAAAGAUACUAUUUAAUCAUGUCAGUUUGAUUCAUCAACAAUUAGAGAUUAAAGCAGUUAAAUUAACAUCACUCUACACAAUGAUAGAUUAUAUUAAAUAUGGUUUAAGUGAUCUAUUUGUGAAACAUAUUGAUCAACUUUGGAGACAAAUUAGAUUAAAUAAAUUGAUGACAACAUCAAUUUAUUUUAAUAAUGAUAAAGUAUUGGAAUACUUGAUAAAUAGAAUUAAAGAAGAGAUUGCACCAUUUCAAACAAUGGUUAAUAUCGAUUAUGAUAGAAUAUAUGCAAGGGAAUUUACAUCAGAUGAAAAUGAUAAAAAAGAACAAGAAGAAGAAGAUCGACUUAGCAAGUUUGAAGGAUUAUUUUGUGGUGCUAUUAUUGGUAGACCCAAGGUUUUGAGUACAGAGGUAUUCAAUUUAUUGGUCGACGACAAUGUAUUUACCAAAUCAUUGUGGUUAUUGCGUAGCAUGCUGGUGACUGCAGUCUCGGUGGUUGGUGACGUACAAAUCAUUCAAAAUCUGUGCAAACGAUACAAUCUCAAAGAUUCACUCAGAUCUAGAGAUUUGUUUGCAACUACAGAUCUCUCCAAGUUGUUCAAGGAAAAGAGUGAAGAAGAGUUGAUCCAAAUUUUCGAGGCCUACAACAUUGCACAUAAAGAAUACAAUCAUCAUCAUCAUCAUAGUAGCCUUCUUUAUAAUGACAUUUAUAAUCCUCAAAACCAUGAUGAAGAUGAUGAAGAUGGUGAUGAUGAUGAUGAUGAUAGUCAAAUUGAUAAUAAUAAUAAUAAUAAUAAUAAUAAUAAUAAUAAUAAUAAUAAUAAUAAUAAUAAUCCAGCUAAAUUCUUUGCAUCAUUGCUUGGAAAUAUUAGACAAAAUAUCAAGAGAAAUAACCAAGAUGAUGAUCAUAACGAAGAAGAUGAUGAUGAUGAUGAAGAUGAAGACGGAGAAGAUGAUUUUGACGAAAGUUACGGUGAAGAAGAAGAUUUCAAUGAAGAAGAAGAUUACGAUGAAGAUUACGAUGAAGAAUUUAGUGAAAGGGUGAUACAAUUGGUUGCAGAGGCAAUGGAACAAGACAAAAUCAAGGUCAUACAACAUCUGAUCAAUAGACGAUACAAUUUUCAUUCUCUAAAUGUCAUUUCUUCCAACAUUGCAAUAAGAAAGAAUGCGAGAAAGGAAGAAUUACAAAGACUAAGAUUGGUAGAUUCUGACUUUUCAGAACCACCUGAUCCACCCAUUAAAGAGGAUGGAUUGUUAAAAGAAUUUUUGGACGGAACAGAUUUGAAGUAUCUGAAAUACAAUAUUGAAUCAUUGUGUAAAUCCAAAGAUUUUAUCAACAAGAAGUCGAGAUUUGGACUGUCGCUACAAAAUGGAGCAGAAAAUGUUGUAAACUAUAUUUUCCAAGUGGCAGAGCGAGAUGGGUUCAAAAUCAAGUUUCACCAUCUCGAAAGUAUCGAUCCUGUCUUUUGCUCACAACACUAUAUCAAUCUAUUGAAUCAACAUGCUACUUUUGGUGCAACGUAUCCUACCAAUAUUGUCGGCCCCACCAUUAAACAAGCCUCAAAGGGCAAAGAAUAUGUAGAACUAGAUUUUGUACUCGAAUCACCAUUUGCAAAAUCACUUAUCAUGGAUGUUGUUGAUACAGUUCAAUCAAUCAUUUCAAUACCUGGUGACUCUAACUAUCAUUUGAUUGAAAGAGUGGCAGAGUAUGUCGGUCAAAAUACCGAAAAAUGCCUCAUCGAACUACCAUCGAUUCGCAAGUACAUCACCGACGAGUAUUCUUCAACACGUGACCAAUUAGUAUCAAUCAUUGGAAAGAUUCUUGAUGACACUGACUUUGAUGAUACUCAAAACCUACCAGAGUCCUACAACUCGGAUAUCAAUUGGUUUCUACCUCCACCACUCGUCGAAAGAAUGGUCAGUAGCACACAAUAUGUCCCAUUUUAUUUCUUCCUUUCGAGUGCAGCCAUGUCAACCGACGUUGAUCUCUAUCAACGUGUCUAUGAUAUUGGUUAUGAUGAAGAUGGUGAAGAAAACCAAGUUCAUAUGUAUGAUCUAGUUAAAAUCCUUGGAUCACUUGUCAAGGUUGGUCAUUUUAGAUUUAUCAAAGAAUUCCUUGAAGCCACACCAAUCGAAAUGAGUUCAUUAUCUAUUGAACAUUUCAAAAAGGCAAUUAAUAAGAUAUUCAAAUUAUAUUUUUACCUUUUAAAAAAAGAUUUGGAAUCAAAACAACAAAAAGAAAAGGUGAUGGAUGAUAUUGAACAAAAAGAAGAAGAAAAUCAAGUAGAAGAAGAACAAAUAGAUUAUCAACAUCUUGCAAAUGAUAUUUUAGAAUUAGUACCAUCAAGUCGUCAACAUGAAAUCAUUUAUUAUUCAACUGAAUUGACAGAUGAACAAUUUGAUUCACUUUGGAUUAGAUAUUCAGAGGAUUUGGAUAUUCAAAAAUGGUUUACAACAGUUCAUCUCAAACAAUUAAAAUAUGAUGAAAAGUUUGCAAAUCAUUUAGAAAGAAUUUAUAAUCAUCUCAAACAAGAUCAAUUAAAACAAUAUCAAUCAAUUCAAAUUAAAUUAGAUCCACCUCCUUUGGAUUUAAGAUUUAUUGCAAUAUUAAAUCAAUGUUAA